AUGAAGGACCGAGCUCGACUGUUCAAAUCCUCUCCCAUGACUGCUCAUCCUUCAGCGGCCCAAGCCUUCAACAUCAACGAGCCUAGACCAUCAUCUAUAUCGACUACAUCCCAGACACAUGUUACCACAUCUCUCAAGCACCACCUACCGCAGAUUCACAGCCUACUCCUUCCCAACCGAACCCCUACUGCGAGGCCGGAAGCUAUCCCAUCAGAGCUACGCUUGCCCUCUCUGACACCACCUCGAGCAAUACCCGACUCGGGAGCUGGUCUCUGCUAUGCCAACACUAGUCAUCUCCAGAAGCUCGCUAAUGCCGACCCCAAGAUCGAAAUAAUAUGGCAGGACCCCACCCCCCAAGAUAGGAGUCCAGGCUGCGCUAAUGGGUCGAGGAUCAACAUCGAUAAGAUCGCUAUUCUGACUGUCUACUCCCCCAAGCGCAAGAUCGGAACCAAGCGUCUGAGAGUUCACUGUGCAAGUCAACUGGUCCCAGAAUUCAUCCUGGGUGUAUCGGAACGUCCAGGAGGGUACUCUACCGAGGUGACAGGUCCCUAUGAAAUCGUCGGCCCCGCUGGUCUUAAUCAUUACGCUGUGAAGGGUUCAGACGAUCGUCUCCCACUACAUCAACUCCGCCCACUUCACUUGGAUGCUUCUAUCAGACGUGGCCUUCCAUUCCAAGUUGAACACGUUGGAUCUAUUAUCAACGAGAACAAGCUGAUCAUCAUCCCGCGGCCUAACCUUCAAUCUGGGGAUACCGUUCUCUACGAGAUUAAGGAAUCCGACCAGUCCUACUUCUACGAUUGUGCUACGGUGGUCACCAAUAACCUCACGGCGGCAACGUUGAAAGUCCACCUCAUGAAGGUCGACGCAUCUGGUCGCUGGUACCCAUCUAACGAGGAGAAGACAAUCCCCUAUCGCACUCUCGUUGCCACUGGCUUCACCCUGACUCAGCAGGGUCGAGUACCAGUCAAGAUACUGCGGAUGCUAUCCAUAGCCAGUGUCAACGAAAGGGAGGGAUGA